AUGGUAGCAACAUGUGCUAUUACAAUACUGAUGUGCUUCAUUAUGGAAAGUAUCCGAUGGUUUCGUGGGAUUCGGCCACCGCAUAAUGUCGAUUUGCACACGGAGCAAUCAUCUGUUGCAAGCAUCAGGUUCGCUCCACCAGUUUUCAAAAUCUGA